CUUGAAGAUUGAUGUAUGAACAGGCCGCUGUCACCGAGGACGAUGCCUUGGCAAAAACACACUUUUCUCUGGAUCAUCUUCUGUGCUACAUGCCAGAUAACCUGCUCAAAACUAAUGAUUGUGGGUCAUAACCUGACUGUUUAUUCAGGCUGUCCAGUGACAUGCCAACAAAGCAAUGACGAAAUUUUCAACCUGAUUUUCAAUGACACACUGACAAAAUUUUGCUUAGUGGAUGUCAAACAAAACACAUCUUCUACAGGACAUUGCCAAACAGAAUCUGGGGAAACAUUUUAUUUCAAUAUAACAAACAAUGGGAGUGAAAAUGAAGUAAUGCUAGACGAGGGAGUAACAGACAUCACAAUGUUGUUCCUGCCAGAUCAACCGCAAUAUCUGCCAUUAGACGUCUGUCUGAAUUCAACAGACUCCACAAACACAUCUCACAUCUGCCAGUGUAUGCUUAAAGGUAUUUUAAAUGUCAAUGCUCAAUCUCUUGUUAAUCCUAAAUGGAGUUGUGAAGGGGUGGCCUACAAUGCGUCUGCGUGCUACGGGAAAGAAGGAAGUACAUACAUUUUGCAUGUAAAAGGAAAUAAAACAACAUGUGUGACCUGCAUCAAACCAUCUACGAGCCCAUCACCCUCUACAACCAUGACUCUAUCCACAAACAAGACUGCUUUUACAGACACGUCUCCAUCCACAGACACGACUGCUUUUACAAAAACGACUCCAUCCACAACCCUGACCCCACCCACAGACACGACUCCAUCCACAACCGUGACCCCACCCACAGACACGACUCCAUCCACAACCGUGACCCCACCCACAGACACGACUCCAUCCACAGACACGACUCCACCCACAGACACGACUCCAUCCACAACCGUGACCCCACCCACAGACACGACUCCACCCACAGACACGACUCCACCCACAGACACGACUCCAUCCACAACCACCAAUUCAUCUAAAACCAUCAGUGCUUCCGCAGCUUCAAAGAUGAUGGACAACCUUGAGAACAUUGCAAAUGAGAUGAAAAAAACCAACCGAACCACUAAACCCAUUGCGGAGGAAGGCGUUAAAGGUGUUGUCUACAUACAGGACAGGAGCACAGAACCCAGAGACGUCAUCAUGUUCUCCUCAUCAGAUCAGGAGAUAAGCGUGACUGAGGCUCAAAACAUAGACCAGAAAAUGAGUUCUUGGUAUGUUAAAAUCUCAGACGAGGCAUUCAAUAAAUCCCGUCUGGAAAACAACGGAAGCGCGUUUGUUGGAGUUCUUCAGUUCAAAAACAUGGACGUCAAUGACAGAGAUAAAAGUCGCAUUGUUUUAAACAAAGAAGUUUAUGGAAUAUCGAUGGGAGCCAAACUCUCAAAUCUUUCUAAAAAUAUUGAAAUCAUCAUCCGGACAGAAAAUCGGACUGGCGAUGUGUCUUGCAACUCUUGGGAUGGCAGAGGAAACCUGACGUGGACGACGUUCGGCUGUGACACGCAAAGAAAUGACUCCAUCAUCAAGUGCUCAUGUUCACAUCUGACGUUCUUCGCGGUGCUGAUGUCGAUUCCCAAUGCAGACAUCCCCUCAUCUCAUGUGGACUCAUUGACUUAUAUCUCUUCUAUUGGUUGUGCUUCAUCCAUGUUUUUUCUGGGCAUCGCUCUGUUCAUGCAUUGCUUGUUACGGAAAAACAAAUCGAGCCAGUCCACGAAGAUCCUGAUCAAUAUGUUUGUGGCUUUAUUUACGCUGAAUUUAUCGUUUUUGUCCAACGAGAGCAUCGCCGACACACAGUCCAGCUCGGUAUGCACUGUCAUAGCGUUGAUCAUGCACUACUCUAUGCUGUCAACAUUCACCUGGUUCUUCCUUCAAGCUCUUCAUGUGUAUUUCUGGCUCAUCCGACAAAAUAUCACCAUCCAAAACUAUAUGAAGAAGAUCAUUGUGUCAGGAUGGGUGUGUUCGUGUCCAGUCGUUGUGAUUAUCGCUGCUCUCGGAGAAUACAAGUCAGUCGUCAUUCAAUCCACGGCUGAAAAAACAACACGAAUGUGCUGGAUCACAAAUCACUACAUUCACUACAUAGUGAACAUCGGCUACUAUUCCUUGGUCUUCAGUUUCACAACAGGAGUCUUCGUCAUGAUCGUCACCAAAAUGAUUCAAGCAAGAAACGUGCGCGUGGCUGAUGUCAAGAAAGCAGCGCUGAAGAAGCGUCUGCUGAUGAUCUUGAGUCUGUUUGUUCUCCUGGGCUUGACGUGGGCCGUGGCUUUCUUCAGUUAUGGAGACAUGAUCAUCCCGUCCUACUAUAUCUUCUGUGUGCUCAACUCUUUUCAGGGGUUUUUUCUCUUUCUGUAUUAUUAUCACAUUCGUAAUGAUGUCGAGGGCAGUUUCUCUGAUGAUCCCGACAGAUCCUCUUCCUCCAUUAACACUACACAAGAGAAUAUCUAAACAUAAUAGUGAAGGUGCUGUGUUUCCUCUCAUAAUGAGUACACAUCACCACGUACAAUUUCAUAUGUUGUGUAGUUUUCAGAUACUUACAGUUUUUUUCAACUGCUAACAAGCGUUGUUCAAUACUGAAGCCACAUUUUCAAAACUCUUCACACAGUCUGCAUUACCAACAUGACUGUUGGCCAAACACAACUCACAAAACUCACUCCGACCAACAAAACACUUCAUCUAUGUCUCAAAAUAAGAUCAUGACACUGACAACAAUUCUCAUUCAGAAAACAUACAUUUCAUUCAUAACAUACUGACCUAAAAAACACUAACAACAAGGAGCAUUAAAGAAAUGAUGAACUUUAUUAGUAACUGUUGAAUUAUUUGUCUCAUAAAUCAGUCUUUCAAAUAAAAUCACUCAUUUUCACUUUAAUGAAUGUACUACAGCAUUUUGUAAUCAGUCUUGUUACAUAUGCGUACAGUAAGUUUUCUUUGUUUAUACAGUAGUACUUCAUCUUUGAAAGUUACAGUACGAAGGUGAAAAAAAGAGGAAAAAAGUUCCAGGUGAUGAUAAAAAAAUAAAGAAUAAAAAUGAAUUCAACACAUCAACAAAAGUACAGUGAGGGUUCUAGUUCUCCCUCUCUCCUGCAUUUGGCCACAAGUUCUCAUCAACAUCACAUCUGAUGUCUUCUCUGGCCAUGCAUCGUGGAAAAUACCGUCUGGAAUGUCUAAUUCAGUUACAGUAUCAUCAAAGGAUGCUUGUCUCACCUGUUGUUCUGUCGGAACAUUUGUACCGUUGAUGCAACUGUUGAACGCGGCAGAUUUGGUUGCACCCUUAGACCGCCUCUCUCAAAGAGAGACCAUGAUUUACUACAUCAUCAAUAAUCUCAUCAGAGAUCACGGCUCUUGGUCUUCCUCUCCUUUGUCUUCCAUGCACUCUCCUUCUCUGAAGCACUCUUCUUUGAUCCAUAUUUACUAACAUCCCCUUUAUAAGUACAGUAAAUCAUGGUCAUGAGACUAAAGCAGAUCACCUGAGCAGGAUUUCAGCUAAAAUUGUCUAUACUUUACGUAAAAUAAUGACUGCAGAAAUGCAUUAGUCAUCAUUCUGUUUUAAAAGUGUUUUUAACCAGUUUGAAAGCAGUGCGUUAGCAUUUGAAAAGUGUGCUGUAAAUUCAUAGUGUUUUGCAGGUUGUGGACUAUAUGAAUGACGAAAGUGUUUGUGAAUUUUGAAAAAUGUGGUCACUGAAUGCAUUUUGUCUGAAAGCAAUGAGAAAUGAGUCACAGUUUGGUCUGCACAGACUUCUGUUUCGCUGAAUGUGUGUUUUGAAAAUGUGGCUUCAGUAUUGAACAAUGCUAGUUGAAAAAAACUGUAAGUUGACAGUUAUGAACCAUUAUUGAUUUACUAAUCUUUCCUGAAAACAUAGGCAGGUUUUGUGAGUCCCUAUUACUCGAAGUUGUUAAAGUUGAGCUCAUGUCCUCCUGUGAAACACAACAGACUCUCAGAUGUAGUUGUGAAUGAUCCUCAGAUCUGUCUGUAUCUGAUGAACAAUAUAAAUCCUGCUCUGUAUGGACACA